AUGAAAAAGUCUUAUUCAUAAAAUAAUUCAGGAGCUUUUGAUUUUCCAGAAGUUAAUAAACCAAGGUUUGAACCUUAACUUCAUAAAAUCAGUGCAAGUACAUAGUAAAAAGUUGUAAUCUAAAAAUUGACUAAUUCCCUUAAUAAUAAUAAAAUUGUUACAUAAACAACUGAAUAACCAUAAACUAUAAGAAGUUAAAUUUCUAAACCAAUAAUAAAUUCAGAACGUUUUAUGUUUGAUUUAGAUGCUUCAAUGGUUUAUAUACAUAGAGAAAAAAUUAUGUAAUUUGAAGAACUUGAAUAAAUGAGAAUUCAGUAAUUAUUAAAAGAUGUACAAUCUAAAGUUCCUUAAGUUAAUGAUAAAGUAAAUCAUUUCAUAGCAUUAGCAGGUCAGUUCGAAAAUGAUAAAGUUAAUCCAUUAGUAAAUUAAUUCAUAAAAGUAGUUGAAUAAUUAUUGUAAAUAUUUGAUGAAAAAACUAAAGAAAUUAAAGAAUAUUAAUUUGCUUUAAAGUCAACUAGAGAAUAAGUAUAAAAUAAUAGUCGAUUAAUUGAAGAUUAAUCAUAAAUGAUUAAAUAUAUGGAAAGUUAAAAUUAAAAUUCUAAAAAUGUUGCAAGAACCUUUUAAAGAUCAAAUGAAUUAGCUGUUAUAAAUGUGCAACUUGAAAAAAAAGUAGAACUUUUGAAUUAGAAUUUGUAAUAUCUAAUGAAUCAAAAUAAAGAUAGUUUAGCUACAUAAUUAUAAUAAAAAAUUGAUUAAUUAAAUAAAACAAUAGAGAAUUAAUAAAAUAAAUUAUAUGAUGAUAACAAUAAACAAAUUUAAUUACAGUAAUAAAUAUAAACUCUAAAAUCAACAGAAUUUAAACAUUAAAUUUAACUUAGAAAAUUAGAGGAUAAAAUAUAAGAAUGUGAAACAAAAUUAAAAGAAUUAACUUUUUAAGUUUAAUAUUCUAAAGAACAAAGAGAUCAAUAUAGAGAAUUAUAUUAUAUGACAUAUGAGGAUUUAUAAAUGAAUAAAUUAAAUACUUAAACAGAAAGAAAGUAAAUGCAAAAAAGUUUUGAGAAAAUUAGAAUGUUGUAAGAUAGAAUUGAUGAAAUGACUGUAAAGAGAAGUAAGGAAGUAGAUGCUCCAUUUUAAAGUAGAGUUGAAGGUGAUAUGAUACAAUUAUAAGCAAUAACUAAGAUUUUAGAUGAAGAUCAUGUAUUUUAAAGGUAUAUGAUGAGUAGUUUUUUAAAAAAUGUUUAAGAAUAUGAUUCAAAAUUAGUAGAUGCAUAUGUUGAUGUAAAAAGAUUAGUAGUAGGUAGAGAUGAAGAAGCUGAAUUAUAAACAUUAAGAUAUAAUUAUCCACCAUAUACUUUAUUUUUAGAAAAGAGGAUAGUUGAUUAGGAAUCUUAAUAUUUAUAAAUAAGGCCUAUAUCUAAUAAUUUCAUGGGUUUACUUAGAGGUAUUUUAGAUGGUAUGUAUAUUGAGUUUCAGAAAAAUACUUAUAUUUCUUUUUAAAGUUACAUAAUCUCUUGGUUAAGCACCUUUACAAUUGAAAAUCAUCAAGUUAUUAUUUUUCCAGAAGAUACAAAAAGAGUAAAUAUAUUAAUUUUAUAUUUAGGUGAAAAUAGAAGAAUAAUUACACACCUUUUAUUUAGAUUUAAUGGUACCACGUUUAGAUAAGGUUUGGGAAGUCGUUUAAUUUAGACAUUUUUUAAAUGAUAUUUAUUCUUUAGAAGAAUUAUACUUUUAUCUUCAUGUACGUUAUUUGUUGAGAAGAGGACCUUGGAUUGAAACAUUUGAUGCAAUCUAUGGUGUUGUACAUUAUAUGAAAGUACAAUAAGCUGAAUCCAUUAUUUUAAGAUGUUUAGAAUAAUUUGAUAAAAUUAAUUAAACAUUAGUAAUGAGAGCAGUGAAUGAAAGAAUUGUUGAAGGGAAAAGUAAUAUUAAUAUUUAAUUAGAGUAGAAGAUAGAAAAUUAAUUUAAACAGGGUUUGUAUUAUAAUUAUUAUUGGAAAUUUUUAGAAUAGACAGAAUUAAUAGAUAUAAGAUUCUUUCAUUUGCAUUUCCAGCAUAACCAAUUAAUUUUAAAUAAUUUCAUAAAUUUGUUAGAGGAAAUUUUUCUAAAUGCACUGAAGGAGAAGUAGCAGAGUUAUGGAGGGAAGUAUUUAUGAUUUCUAAUGGUAUUCCAAAUUUAAAUUCUUUUUUUACUGCUGCUUAAUCACUUUUUAUUAAGUCACUUAUACUACCUGCUAUAUAUACUGUUCCUCUUUUAGAUACAAAUAAAAAAUUAGCUUUUGAUGAAUUAAACUUCACAACAAUGAAAAUUCAAGAAUAAAUGAAAGAACUUACUGAUUCUGAUUUUGAUAUUUUGAAAACAUUAAUUCCAACAAUUUAUUCGGAAGAAAUGAUUAGAAUAGCAAAAUAGUUAAUGCCAAAAAAUUAAAUUUAAUUUGUAAAUCCUCUUGAAUAUAUAUUUAAAUUUAUGAAACUAAUCCUUACUUUAAAAUAUAAUUCAAUUCUAGCAGAUGGUUUAGAAGAAGAUGGAGUUAAUAGAAAAGGUUUUAUCACUGAAACAUUUACAUCAUUUAUUACCACAGAAAUCAAUGAAUUGAAUAAAAUUAUAUAUAAAAAGUAGUCAUAUAUGUCUGAUUAAGAAAUUAGAAUAUCAAGAUUGCAAAAAUAUGCUAAGAAAAAAGUAAAAAAAAUCUAUGUAAUAAUGUCAUCUGUUUUACAAUCAAGAAUUAAAUAAUGA